AUAUAGGGCAGUAGUGAUGACGGGAGUCCAUUUAUUCAUUGAUGAGUGAUGAUGCUGGGUGAAGUCAGUGAGGUGCUGCGGGCCCGCGGACAUCUGCACACCUAAUGGAGCUGUGCGGAUGCUUAUCAAAAUCCAGCUUAUCGAUCACAUUUAUUAACACCUAUAUGAGCUUUCGGGAUGGACGACGACCUGGUGUGUGAAUACGACUCCACCUGGGAUACGGAGAGCGACGGAGACGAACUGGAAAACACCGGUCGCAGCAAGAAAACACGGCCCGCAUUUUGGUCCAACUCUUCUUCCAGAAACCUCAGAGCAGCCAAGGACAUGCAAAACUACAGACACGGAUAUCCGAAUAUCAAUGAAGAAGAAUGCCCAGAAGAAAGAAUGAUUAAUUUAAAAUUCUAUCUCAAUGAAAUUAAGUCUUCACCUGACGAUGUGUCGAUUGAGACAUUUCACACAGAGUGGAAAACUGAUUAUAAAAGGCUGGAGAGAGUUCAUUCUUACAUUCAGUGGUUGUUUCCUUUGCGGGAGCCCGGGGUAAACUACAUGGCUGCAGAGCUCACCAAGAAGGAAAUCCAGGCAUUUAGAGAAAAUGAAGAGGCCAAGAGUCGUCUUGUUGAUUCUUGCGAGCUCAUGCUGGGUUUCUAUGGAAUCAAGCUGCUAAACAGAGAAACUGGGGAGGUGAAGCGAGCUGAGAACUGGAGAGAGAGAUUCGCCAAUCUAGAGAGGAACAUGCACAAUAACCUCCGGAUUACCAGGAUACUUAAGAGCCUGGGAGAACUGGGCUUUGAGCAUUUCCAGGCCCCUCUUGUUCGCUUUUUCCUUGAGGAGACACUUGUUAAAAAGACCCUUAGCAGUGUUAAACGCAGUGUGCUUGACUACUUCCUGUUUGCCGUGCGUGACAAACGUGAGCGCAGGAAGCUGGUCCGCUUCGCUUUUCAGCAUUUUGAGCCCAAAGACAAGUUUGUUUGGUGCCCCAGGAAAAUUCAGAAACGCUUCAAGAAAAAGUCAGAGAAGCGGCAAAACUCAAUAGUCCCCAACGGAGAGAGUCUGACAAAUGAUGAAGCUCAUGUACAGCGUAAAACCACGGGUGAGCAAAAAUGUAAGCCAGCUGAUGUUAUAGAAACUACGAAGCAUGUUGAAGGUGACUCUGGGAUGAAUGUUGACUCAGAAAAACAGUCUGAAUGCACCUUCGAAGAUCUCGAGAAGACAAACCUAGACGGUUCCUCUGUAGAUUUACCUCUAAAUAAUGGAACCAACAUGGACAAUGGUGAGAUAGACCAUUCUAAACCAAGUAGCGUUGAAGACCAGUGUGGUGCAGAUGCUAAAAUCGAGCUGACUGAAGUCACUGAAGCACCUAAACAAAUACUCGGGCUUGAAUCUGAUCAGGAGGCCUCAGAGAAAAAAUGGGAGUGUGCAGCAGGUUCUAACACAGGUUUGGCAGAAUGCAUCGAGUCUCAGGAUGAGAUGGACAGUCUGAUCUGUCCAACCACAUGCCAGUUAGACCAAAAGGAACUUCAUGAAGUAGCCUCAGGCACAAAUAAAGAGAGCACAGUGACUGACAGCCCAGAGAACAUCCCAAGAACAGACUUGAAGAACAGAUCUGGAGUGACUGCCCUGAAAGAGACCUCGGCUGAAUUUAUGAAGGUGAGAUCAGGCAAGAGCCGUGAGUACAAUAACAUUAACUGCAACCAAUCACAUGGACCAGACAAGGAAGAACCAAUGGACAUGGUGGAAUUCAGACCUCACAGUGAAUGAUUCCUAAAUGUGACGAAAACCAAGAACUCUGAAUCUCACAGCACUAAAAACGAACACUUUAUAAACUUAAACUUAUAAAAAAAAUCAGAUAUGAAUUGACUCUUGUAUAGUUUUUUUUUCACGAUUAAUUAAAGGUGGAUUGUGGAAUCUUGGCCUUUUUAUUGCCAUCUAUGGUUUAAACAUAAAAUUACCAAUUACUUGCUGAGUCCAAACAAAAUACGAAAUAUUAUCAAUUGACAUUUAUUUGUAGGUAUAGCGCCUUUCAGGAUGCAGCCUUAUACAAACCUUACAAUAAUUGAAUUAUUGUAGGCUUAUGGUGAAUUGUAUUGAACUGAAUUAAGGCAUUUUAAUGUACUCUUUAAUAAUAGGCAUUUUAUGGAAAAUCUUCCAUACUACACCUUUAAAAUACUGUACGGUUUUCUGUAUGUAUCAGUUUAAUGGAAAUGCUAUUGUCACUUGCAUUGGCAGAGCCAAAUAUACACCUCUUUUUUGUCUUUUGCAAAACGUUUAUUCUAGUUUGAGUGUUUAUUUGUCCAAAUUGUAUUCUGAAUUAUUAAUAAUAUUUUCAUACGUUGUACAGUAGUUGGAAAAAAAAGACAAAUUUAACAACAAAAAAGUCAAAGUCAGGGCUGAUGAAGGUCAUGUACGGCAUAAAAACAAAGACCAAGAAACCACAAGUGAGCAAAAAUAUAAUGAACCAGAUGAUGUUAUAGAAAAUAAAAUACCAUAUCUAAAAGCUAAGUCAGUCAGAAUCUGAUAUCAAAAUAAGUCUGAAAUUUCAAAUUUAAACAGUCAGAAAAUGCAAUAACAUCUGAAAACAAUAAACAUUGGAGCAAAUGGCAAUUGUCAGGGUCCAGGCAUGUUUGCACAAAAUGGGGAACAGGGCCUUUACUGGAUAAUAAAAAAAAGAUCCUGUGGAUAAUGCAGAUAUAGUUGCACGUGAACACAAUUAUUCAUGAGAUGUUAGCUUUACAUGUUAGACCUAUACAGCCAAUACCUCUUUAGCUGAAUCUUGGAUCACUUUAUGAUCCCACUACUACUAUUGCAAAUGAAAUUGGUCAGUAACAGUUUCAAUAACUUGGAUAUAAUAAUUUCAGACUCCUUACAUGCAUAUUGUCUAUAUACUCUAUGCAGCACCAUUUAAAACUUGAGUAAAGCUUUUCAUUUGACGUUUAAAAGCUUGUGAUCUGAAUUUGUAUGCUUAAACAUACACUGCUUGGUUUUGUAGACAAAUUAUAAUUGUGCAAAAAUAUUU